CUCCUCCUCCUCCUCCUUUCCUUGUGCCAGGCAGCAGAUCCUAGCCAUGGUGAACUGGGGCCUGUGGGCAACAGAAGUAAGAAUGUCUAAGCCCCUGGAGCUGGAGAAGGCACGGCUGGAGCUGCAAGAAGAGCACACAGAUACAGAAAGAAAUGGACCUGACACAAAUCACCAGACCCAGCAGAGCAAGCCUUCUCCGUUCUCUCCGUCCCCCACCAGCACCGGCACCAAGAUCAAAGCCGAAGAGCCCACAGAGGUGCCUCCAGCUCCAGCCCCGGCUCCGGCCCCAGUCCAGCCGCCCCACCUGCCCCAGGCCCAGCUGAUGUUAGCCGGCAGCCAGCUUGCGGGGGUAAGUGGAGCCCCACGCAGCAGCAGCGGGGGCAGUGAGACUCAGCUCCUGAGCAAAGGCUCCCAGCCGUUAGUCCUCCGGGGUCUUUAGACUCCCCCCCUCCCGGAGCCCUGCCCAGCUUGGCCAGCAGGAAUUCCCAGGAGCAAAGUCCAAAACACCCGGAGGGCCAAAGGCUGGGGGACCCUACUUCGGUGACAUGGGCCAAGCUUGUGAUCCCAAGGCGACUUGUGCAAAGUUGUGUGGCAGAGGCACCACAACGUUCUUCAUCAUUCAGGAGCAGCCUCUCGAUUCCAUAAACCGGGUGGCUUGGGUGGCUGGGUUGGUGGCUGCCAUGAUGCGAUCCGACCCUGAGACAAGAUGAGGAAGGCAGGGCUCUGAUUCUUCUUCAAGCUCCUGAUUUAGAGUCUUUCUCACAAGCACCUGGGGAUUGCUGUGACUAAUGUGGGUGAAAUUAUGUGGGUUGCAUGUGAAUGAAUGAGAAGGGUCCCCCUCAGGGCCGGGAGUGGGCUUGCUUGGCUCCCUCUGUGCUUGCUGGGGGCGAGAGGGGCUGCAGCACCAGCUCACCUGCUUCUUCCUUCUCUCUU